GAAAACACCGAGAGGGAGCGGGGCUGGGACAGGAAGAAGCUGGGGACCGCGGCGGAGGAGGGGAGCGUUCUGAAGCGCCACCGCAUCCCUCCCAGACUCGCCUCCGGGCUGGGUGUCCCGUAGGUUCCCCGGUAUCCUGAGCAGAGGUCGGGCCUAGUCCCAGAGGUGCAAAGUAAGAAAAUUGAAGUCAAGACCAUGGGAGAUGCAGCAAAACCUUAUUUUGUGAAGCGUUCUAAAGACCGAGGGAUUGUAGAUGAUGAUGAUUUCAGAAGGGGUCACCCUCAACAAGAUUAUUUAAUAAUGGACGAUUAUGCUAAAGGUCAUAGCAGUAAAAUGGAAAAAGGCCUUCCAAAAAAAAAAGUAACUCCAGGGAACUAUGGGAAUACACCCAGAAAAGGACCGUAUGCUGUUUCCAACAAUCCAUAUGCAUUUAAAAAUCCAAUUUACAGUCAGCCAGCCUGGAUAAAUGACAACCACAAAGAUCAGAGUAAGAGAUGGCUAUCUGAUGAACUUGCUGGUAAUUCAGACACUUGGAGAGAAUUCAAACCUGGGCCUAGAAUUCCUGUUACAAGCCGACCAAGAAAAGACACCUUUCAAGAAAGUGAAGAUGGUUAUAGGUGGCAAGACGGAAGAAGCUGCAGAACUGUAAGACGACUGUUUCAUAAAGAACUAACAAGUGUAGAAACCAAGUCAGAAAUGGAAACAGGAAGCCCUGAAAACAAGAAGCAGAGGUCCAGACCUAGGAAACCAAGGAGAACUAGAAGUGAGGAAAAUGAGCAGGAUGAAGACUUGGAAGGCCCUGUGAUCGAUGAAUCUGUACUUUCAAUGAAGGAGCUUCUGGGCUUACAGCAGGCUGAGGAACGAUUGAAAAGAGACUGCAUUGAGAGGCUGAAAAGGCGACCACGAAACUACCCUACAGCAAAGUACACCUGCAGGCUCUGUGAUGUUUUAAUUGAAUCCAUUGCAUUUGCCCAUAAGCACAUCAAAGAGAAGAGGCACAAGAAAAAUAUUAAGGAGAAGCAGGAAGAAGAAUUGCUUACUACCUUGCCACCACCAACACCCUCCCAGAUAAAUGCCAUUGGCAUUGCCAUUGACAAAGUGGUACAGGAGUUUGGCUUACACAGUGAGAACUUGGAACAGAGACUAGAAAUUAAACGUAUCUUGGAAAAUGUGUUCCAACAUAAGUUACCAGAUUGUUCUCUAAGAUUAUAUGGGUCAUCCUGUAGCAGAUUUGGUUUCAAAAAUUCAGAUGUAAACCUUGACAUUCAGUUUCCAGCCACUAUGUCUCAACCAGAUGUCCUCCUACUUGUUCAAGAAUGUUUAAAGAACAGUGAUUCUUUUAUUGAUGUCGAUGCAGAUUUCCAUGCUAGAGUUCCGGUGGUGGUGUGCAGAGAAAAACAAAGUGGUCUUCUUUGUAAAGUGAGUGCAGGAAAUGAAAAUGCCUGUCUGACAACAAACCUUUUAACUGCCCUAGGAAAGCUAGAACCAAAACUGGUCCCUUUGGUGAUUGCGUUUAGGUACUGGGCAAAGCUUUGCAGUAUAGAUCGCCCUGAAGAAGGAGGCUUGCCACCUUAUGUGUUUGCCUUGAUGAUCAUUUUCUUUCUUCAACAGAGGAAAGAGCCCCUUCUGCCUGUUUUUCUAGGAUCAUGGAUUGAAGGAUUCUCCUUAAACAAACUAGGCAACUUCAACCUUAAAGAGGUUGAAAAAGAUGCUGUGGUCUGGGAGUACACUGACGAUGCUGCAAGGGUUGCAGACUCAGCAAAAGAAGAGUCACCGAGAGAAAUGCCAGUUAAUAGGGGACAGGUGUCAUUAAUAUUUGAUUUAAAAUACCAGCCUUCAGUACCAGUUGGGCAACUCUGGGUGGAAUUGCUUCGAUUCUAUGCUUUAGAAUUUAACUUGGCGGAUUUAGUCAUAAGUAUACGUGUCAAAGAAUCGGUAUCUCGUGACUCUAAGGACUGGCCCAAAAAGCGCAUUGCCAUUGAAGAUCCCUACUCUGUUAAAAGGAAUGUGGCAAGGACCCUAAAUAAUCAGCCUGUGUUUGAAUAUAUACUUCAUUGUUUAAGGACAACAUAUAAAUAUUUUGCUCUUCAACCCAAAAUUACAAAAUCCAGCCUUCCAAAGCCUCUGAGUGCAGUUACACAUGUUUCAGAACAUUCUAAAGAAAUAAUAAAUCAUGAUCCAGAUGUACAAGCAAAAGAUGACAAACUCAAAAAUUCCAUUUUGGCCCAGGGUCCUGGUGCUACCAGUUCAGCUGCAAACACCUGUAAAGUACAGCCAUUUGCUUUUAAAAAGACUGCUGAUAGCUUUGGAAACCCACCAACAGAGGAAAUAGUAAACAAACAUAUUGGUGUAAACUUGGGAAGCUCAGACUGUGUUGAGACAGAGGUCAGUUCUGACCAUUAUGAGGAUGUUCAAGUACGCUGUCAAGAAAUUGGAAGUAAAAAAGAGGAAGAAAAAAUUGGAAGGGAAAGCAACCAUCAUUUGACUGCUGAUGAUCCAGAUUUAAACAGUAGCGGACAUGGAGAGCUUAUAAUCUGUGGCAACACACAUAAUGACGAGACUGACAGGACUUUGAAUUUAGAAGGCUUCCAAAAUCUUACAAUUAAAGAGUGUGAUGAAUUUGUUAAUUUAGACAAGGCUGAUAUUGAUGAAGAAAGUAUAGAGGGUCCUGAUGAACUAGAAGACUCUCUAAACCCCUUUGCCCCUUCAGUACAGGGCCAGACAUUAGAAAGCAUUCACUCUGAUGAAGAGGAAGAAGAGGUAGAGGAAGAAGAGGAUGAGGAACCCAGGCUCAGCAUAAACCAAAGGGAAGAUGAAGAUGGCAUUGCUAAUGAUGAGUUAGACAAUACCUACACUGGGUCAGGGGAUGAGGAUGCCCUUUCUGAAGAGGAUGAUGAAUUAGGUGAUUCUGCUAAAUAUGAAAACUUGAAAGAAUGUGGAAAGCAUGAGGAUGGAACGCUACUAAGGGAACUUAAUAAAAUAACUCUUAAAGAAGAAAAUGUAUGUGAGGAAAAUUCAGCUGUGGAUCAGUCUGAUCUCGUCUAUGAAUUUAGUAAAUUUAUCUUCACCAAAGGCAAGUCUCCUAUGGUAGUGUGCAGUUUAUGCAAACGAGAGGGUCAUCUAAAGAAGGAUUGUCCUGAAGACUUCAAAAGAAUCCAGCUGGAACCUUUGCCACCAUUAACACCCAAAUUUUCAAAUAUCUUAGAUCAAGUUUGUAUCCAGUGUUAUAGAGAUUUUUCUCCAACUAUUUUAGAAGAACAGGCUCGUGAACAUAUUCGGCAACACCUAGAAAAUUUCAUAAAACAAGAGUUUCCAGGAACUAAAUUGAGCUUGUUUGGCUCCUCCAAAAAUGGAUUUGGGUUCAAACAGAGUGACCUUGACGUCUGUAUGACAAUUAAUGGACGUGAAACCGCGGAGGGGUUGGACUGUGUAAAAACUAUUGAAGAAUUAGCAAGAUUUCUCAAAAAACAUCCAGGUCUGAGAAACAUCUUACCUAUUACCACAGCAAAGGUGCCAAUUGUAAAGUUCUACCAUUUGAGAAGUGGUCUGGAAGUGGAUAUCAGUUUGUAUAACACUUUGGCCCUUCAUAAUACAAGACUCUUAUCUGCUUAUUCAGCCAUUGAUCCCAGAGUGAAAUAUUUGUGCUAUACCAUGAAAGUAUUUACAAAGAUGUGCGAUAUUGGUGAUGCGUCUAGAGGCAGCUUGUCGUCAUAUGCAUAUACUCUCAUGGUGCUGUAUUUUCUCCAGCAGAGGAAUCCACCUGUCAUUCCUGUACUUCAAGAGAUAUACAAAGGUGAAAAGAAACCUGAAAUAUUUGUUGAUGGCUGGAAUAUUUAUUUUUUUGAUCAAGUAGAUGAACUGCCCACCUAUUGGCCAGAAUAUGGAAAAAAUACAGAAUCUGUUGGGCAGCUGUGGUUGGGACUUCUUCGUUUCUAUACAGAGGAAUUCGAUUUUAAAGAACAUGUUAUUAGCAUUAGGAGGAAAAGUCUGCUUACAACUUUUAAGAAGCAGUGGACCUCAAAAUACAUUGUUAUUGAAGAUCCCUUUGAUUUGAAUCAUAAUCUUGGAGCUGGAUUAUCAAGGAAAAUGACAAAUUUUAUAAUGAAAGCAUUUAUCAAUGGUAGACGAGUAUUUGGUAUCCCAGUCAAAGGAAUUCCAAAGGACUGUCCCUCAAAAAUGGAGUAUUUUUUUGAUCCAGAUGUACUAACUGAAGGAGAGCUGGCCCCAAAUGAUAGAUGUUGCCGAAUUUGUGGGAAAAUUGGACACUUCAUGAAGGACUGUCCUAUGAGAAGAAAAGUGAGGCGACGGCGAGAUCAGGACGAUAUCCCAAACCAAAGAUAUCCUGAUAACAAAGAAAAAAGAAACAAAGAGGACAAAGAACUUCAAAACAAGUACACAGAAAGAGAGGUAUCCACAAGAGAAGAUAAGCCCCUACAGUGCAUACCUCAGAAAGCCAAGCCAGUGAGGGCAGCUGUCGACCUGGGAAGAGAGAAAAUUCUCAGGCCACCAGUGGAAAAAUGGAAGCGACAGGAUGACAGAGACUUAAAAGAAAAACGUUGUUUUAUUUGUGGAAGAGAAGGACACAUUAAAAAAGAAUGCCCCCAGUUUAAAGGCUCUCCAGGUAUGUCUCAAUCAGAUUGUGUGUUUGGAUCCCUUUCUUCACCUAGCCCUUUGAGACCACCUGGCACUUGUAUUCAGGCAGUGCUUUUUCAUGAAGACAAAAAGAAACAAAAAACACCAUUAUUUUUGAGUCCCCAGUCAGGUAGCCUUUCGAGUAAAUAUAUGACUCAGGGAAAAGCCUCACCGAAGAGGACCCAACAGGAAUCAUGAGGGAACGAAAAUGAAGCACUCUAAAUGGCCGUUCAGGCGUUCAUAUUCACUUUGAAAAUUAGGUUCAUUUUAUAGGACACAGCAGCAUAGAUCAGGCUUCAACUUAACAUUUAAAAGAAACGUCAGAUUUUUUUUUUAAUUUAAUGAAAUUGUUAAUAAGGAAAAAAUUUUUAAUAUAGUCUUAUCUACCACAGAUCCCCAUAGAUUUAAGGAUUUUAAUAGAAAGCCAUGAUGUAUUUAAGCCAGAUAAAAAAUAUAUAUAUAACUAUGAGCCAGUAUUCAAUGAAUACAGUUUCAUGGUUUUUAAUUCUUUCAAGGUACACUAAAACUGGUGUACUGAUAAAACCCCAAGUAAAUUAACCCUUUUUUUCCCUAUAAAUCCCUUUUUUGUUUUGAAGAGGGAAAUUAUAUUUAUUGUUGUUUACUGAUUCCUUGUGUGAAAGUGUAUCAAAUAUGUGUGAAUUGCUACUACUGUAUUUACAAUUUACCAGCAUUAUUUUAUUGAUAUUUGUAGAAGAAGUGAUAACAUGGACAUGAGUACAUAUUUAUGUGAGCCUUCGUGGAUAAGCAGUGCCACUGCAGGUUUUUUUUUUUUUUUCCCUCUAAUUUUAAGUAAGUUGGCAUAUAAUUACUAUGCUUACAAAAAUGAAGUAAGGAAAACAAGUGGGCCUGUUUGCCGCUAAAAACCUUUUCAAAGAAAAAAUGACAAAAUAAAAGUGCUUUUUACUUUUUAUGAUAUUCAGAAAUUAAAGUGGAGAACUCCUUAAAAUCCCUGAAGAUUAAAGAGGCUAUCUCUGCCAAUCACAAGUUUGGUUGGUAUCAUUUGGGUUCUGACUUGAGCCCUCAUGGAAUGUUUCUCUAACUUCACAACCCCUUCAGAAGUAGUACACAGUCAGAACUAUGCCUCAGUCUAUCAUCUUGAAAUAAAAUCAAAAUUUCAACCUCUAAUUUUAUCCACAUUAUUUUCUAAUGAAAGCGUCCAAAAUUUCAUUAGGAAAAUAGAUUAAGGACUGUCUAAAUGUGCUCCUCUUUAAUUAGCGUGUACACAGAGUUCUCUUUGGCUCAUACUUGGAUGGUCAUUGGUGUUUAAUGACACCCACUAUGUGCCAAGUCCUGGGAAUGCACAAGGAAAGGGACACAGAACAGACUUAGAUGGAUGAGUACCUAGAGAGAGAUGCAGGAGUUGCUUGCCAGGCAGGCAUUCCCAUGCACAAGAAGGCUCAGAAAACAUGCACCUAUUUGCCCUUCUUUUAAAAUUGCUCGAAGACAUUCCAGCUGAAGAACAAUCAUAUCAAAAUUAUGAAUUUUAGAAUUAGGAAGUUGUGGUAGAAUUAGUGAUCUUUCCUUAUUCAGUUUGAACACAAACUCCUGAACUACAAGUGAGUUAAGCAACCUCAACUGAAACUUGGACUUCAGGACUUGCCUCAGCUGCCGCUCUUCUGGUUUCUUCUCUUGCCUUCACACACGAAAGUUCACCCGCCUGGGCAUACAGUUCUUGUCACUCUUUGGAAAGCCCGUUGAUGCUGUCCUGAUGUCUGCUGGUAUUAAAGCAGAAGUGAAGUGUGAGACAGCCUAAUUUUUGUUCCAUUGUAGGUCAUAUUUUACUGCUUAGAUGCUUCUGUGAUUUUUGUUUACUCAUGUAAUUAAGGAAAAACAAGUUGCCACAACCUGGGCAUAUGUCUCCUCAGUGACUUUUGUCUGAAACAAAAGUGAAGCCAUUUGUUAGCUCCCUACUAAAGGUUUUGUUUUGCUUUUCAGUUUGAGAAA